CAAUAAUUAUAAUUUUUCAUAAUAAUUUGUCUACAUUUGGAAAUAACUUCUUCCAAUUACAAUGAGCCUUGAAGAGAUUAAAUCCACGGGUUAUGUAAAAUUUGUCUGGCCAGCUAAACUUUGUACUUGGUCCGAAAUAAUUUAUUCUACUGAUUUUGAAAUAGAAAAUCUUGAGAAUGUUACUUUCAACAUCGGGUUAAGAUUUGUAUCUGGAUCAACAAAUAAUUUUGUUUUAUGGGUCAAAAAAUCAACUUCAGAACCAGCUAGUGCUUUAAUCAAGGUGAUGGUUGGUAACGUGCCGACUCAGACUGAUACUAUUGAUUGGAAAAGGUCCUGUAUUAUUUCAGAAUCUAUGACUAUUUCUGGACAAACACUAAGUCGAAAUUUACGUGACAAUUGCCACGGUAGUCAUUAUUUCUACGAAAUCGAAAUUACGUGCGAGAUAUUUUGGAAAAGUAAAAUAAAAAGUACUCUUAACAACAAUCUGUAUAAUAAGGUGCAGAAAUUCUACAACUCAGAAGAACUCAGUGAUGUUAUAAUCAUUGUUGACAAGGUCAAAAUUCCAGCGCAUAAAGUCAUUUUAGCUGCUCAUAGUGAAGUAUUUGCAAAAAUGCUGCAAUCUGAAAUGAAAGAAGCUAAGGACGGUGAAAUAAACAUUGGAAAUUUUGAUCCAGAAAUAAUUCUGGAAAUGCUCCAUUAUUGUUACAAGGGAGAGACUAAGGCAAGCCAGGAUACUGAAGUAGCGUUGCAGAUGCUUGAAGUUGCUGAUAUUUAUCAAAUUAUUAACCUCAAGGAAAUUUGUGAGCUUACGUUGAUGAAAAAUAUGUCUGUUGAUAAUGUUCUCAACAUAAUUGACGCAGCUGAUGAUCAUAACGCAGUUGACUUACGCAAGAGUGCCAUUAAAUUUAUUGUUCUUCACAGCAAAAAAGUGUUGGCUUCAAGUAAAUUUCAGCAAUUGUUUUAUAGAAAACAAGACUUGAUGUUCGAGCUAAUGUGUGCUGUCGGGAACAUAUAAAAAGAAAAUAUAAAAAUUUUCUAUUUUUAGUUUUAUGAGUUCAAGUUUGAAUUAUUCAUAAAAUAUGUCUC